AUGCGUCCUUUGAAUGGCAGUGGCUUUGUGGAUGCGGAAGACUUGGAGAGAGAUGAGAGUCUGGCCAAAGCGGAGAUCGCGCUGCUCAGUGUCAUCUUCGUCAGCGCCUCCAUCCUCAACACCGCCGUGCUGCUCGUCCUCUGGAGACAGCGCAAACAGAUGUCCAGGAUGCGCGUCUUCGUGUUUCACUUGUGCCUGGCGGACCUGGUGGUCGCUUUCUUCCAGGUGUGCCCGCAGCUCAUGUGGGAGAUCACAGACAGAUUUGUCGGGCCAGACCUGGUGUGCCGCCUGGUGAAGUACCUGCAGGUUCUGGGCAUGUUCUCGUCGACUUACAUGAUCGUGGUGAUGACGGUUGACCGAUACCAAGCUGUCUGCAACCCAAUGGUGAAGUUCCAGCGGGCACGCACGAGACUGAACAUCCCUGUAUGCGUCGCCUGGGGGAUUUCUCUGCUGGGCAGCCUGCCACAGGUUUUCAUUUUCUCACAGGUCGAGGUUGCACCCGGUGUGUUUGACUGCUGGGCUAAAUUUAUCCAGCCAUGGGGGCUGCAGACUUACAUAUCCUGGACCACGCUGGUCAUAUUCGUUUUACCUGUUAUUACAGUUGUUGUUUGCCAAGUGCGCAUCUGCCGGACCAUUCAGAUCAACCUGUACCAAAAGACCCAACAACGGGGCAGCGAGGGUCUCCCGCUGCCAUCCAGAGCCAGCGGUGUGGCCGGCAUGUCCAAAGCCAGGGUCAAGACGCUGAAGAUGACUGUGGUUAUCGUGUUGGCUUAUAUUGUCUGCUGGGCUCCCUUCUUCACUGUGCAGCUUUGGUCCGCCUGGGACACACACGCGCCAAAAGAAACUGUGACUUUCACCAUCCUGAUGUUGCUGGCCAGUCUGAACAGCUGCGCGAACCCCUGCAUUUAUCUUCUGUUCAGCGGUCAGUUUCCCAAAAGGCUGCUGACACUCCUUUGCCCACGGCAGUCCAACGGAAAAGAUUCAAUGCAUGAGGAGGCGACGCUGGUCAGCACGUUGUACAUGAGCUUUAAAAACGUCUCUGAGUCCAAAUGA